UUACCAGUCGAGCGCAGAGAAAGAACGAGGAAAUAACAAGGGGAGGCGGCGAAUAAGGACAACUAAGACGUGUUUUUGUUUUGUUCCAAGGAGCAUCUGAGUUGGGGGAAGCUAGAGCCAUUAAAAGGUGGACAGCUGCCUGGUUGCUCGUGGUAACGCUGCGCCAUGCCUUUCCCCUUUGGCAAGUCCCACAAGUCGCCGGCGGACAUCGUCAAGAACCUCAAGGACAGCAUGACGGUGCUCGAGAAGCACGACAUUUCUGACAAAAAGGCCGAGAAGGCCACAGAGGAGGUGUCAAAAAGCUUGGUGGCCAUGAAGGAGAUUCUCUAUGGGACCAAUGAGAAAGAGCCCCAGACGGAGGCAGUGGCCCAGCUGGCCCAGGAGCUCUACAACAGUGGCCUGCUCAGCACGCUCGUCGCGGACCUCCAGCUCAUCGACUUUGAGGGUAAGAAAGAUGUGGCUCAAAUCUUCAACAACAUCUUGAGGCGUCAGAUUGGCACCCGGACGCCCACGGUGGAAUACCUCUGCACCCAGCAGAACAUCCUCUUCAUGUUGCUCAAAGGGUACGAGUCUUCGGAGAUCGCCCUGAACUGCGGCAUCAUGCUGAGAGAGUGCAUCCGACACGAGCCGCUGGCCAAAAUCACGCUGCUGUCGGAGCAGUUUUACGACUUCUUCAGAUACGUGGAGAUGUCCACCUUCGACAUCGCCUCAGACGCAUUCGCCACUUUCAAAGACCUCCUCACGAGACACAAGCUGCUGAGUGCAGAGUUCCUGGAGCAGCAUUAUGACAGAUUCUUCAGUGAAUAUGAGAAGUUACUCCACUCAGAAAACUACGUGACUAAAAGGCAGUCCCUCAAGUUGCUGGGUGAGUUGCUUCUCGACCGGCACAAUUUCACCAUAAUGACGAAAUACAUCAGCCGGCCGGAGAAUCUGAAACUCAUGAUGAACCUGCUCCGGGACAAGAGCCGCAACAUCCAGUUUGAGGCCUUCCACGUUUUCAAGGUGUUUGUGGCCAACCCCAACAAGACGCAGCCCAUCCUGGACAUCCUGCUGAAGAACCAAGCCAAGCUCAUCGAGUUCCUCAGCAAGUUCCAGAACGACAGAACGGAGGACGAACAGUUCAACGACGAAAAGACUUACCUGGUCAAACAGAUCAGGGACCUCAAGAGGCCCGCCCCCCAGGAGGCCUGAGGAAAGGGUGCAGAGGGGGGAGGGGGGAGGGGGAGGAGCCACCAGGACCACGUCUGGACAACGUCCAGAUGACGUCUGCCGAACGGACCCGUCGGCAGCUCCUGCUGCUGCUGCUGCUCUGGGUUUUUUUGAACAAAAAAAUUGAAGAAAUAAAUGCAACCCCCCCCCCCCAUUCAUUCACUCACCAACUCAUCAGGAAGUCGCCAGCUCCUCAGUGGACAUUUGAUUACUUUAUUUUUGUUGGUCUUUUUCUUCUUCUUCUUCUUUCCCCGCAAAAGAAAUACGUGAAAAUAAUAAGAUGCUGCUGCUUUCUUGCACAUUGAGUGAGACACGUUGAGUAUAUUCUAAUGACACGCAAGGCAGACUCCUGAUGGACACACACACACACACACACACACACACAAGAACAUGCAUACACACGUACUGCAAGAGUAUGAGCUAAAACAUUGUGAUAGAAAUGGUACGAGCACGUUGAACAAUGGUGUGUUGGUUGCAUGCCUUGAAAUGUGACAGGUCCACGGCGGUACUCGGCGGCCCCCCCCCCACCCGGCCUGGCAGACUCGGGGUGGGGGGGGGGAAUUGCACGCCCAUCGCAGCAACCGCUACAGUUCGUAUCGACGCCUUCAUCCAAUAAAAACAAACGGUGGUUCAUUUUUAGCGAUUUCGGUGUGGACGAAGCUCCCGGACGCCGUCGCGUAGAACCGUCUCCCUCCUGCUGGCUUUGUCUUCACGACGCGUGAAGCACACGGGGAACCGAGGGAGGGGCGGAGAGUGUGAAUUUGGGUAAAAGCGAGAGAGUUUGGGUCUCUUUAUUGUUUGUUUUUUUGGGGACGGGGUGAACAUGUACAUACGCCUUUUUUUCCUUUUUAUUUUUCGCUUUGUAGAUUUUGUUUUUGUUUAAUCUUGACAUAUGAAUAUAUAUUAUAUAUAUAUUACUUUAAACAUCACGUUUUUGGUUCAUUGUAAUCCAAUUACUUUCUAAACCAUAAAAGAAACGACGGACAAGUUAAGUGACAUUGUUUUUUUUUUGCAUUUAAUUUUUACUGCGGAGAUGGUUGCCGUCGGGUUUUCUUUGUACGUACCUUAAAGGGCCAGCUCACCAUUUAGCUAACCUCUAGGAUAUUAACUGUGUACAGCGGAGGAAUAUCAUUGGUAUUAGCUCUGGAUGUGUCAAUCCUCCUUUUAUUCUCAUCUACAUUUUUGAGUGAAGACGUGCGGGAGGGGAGACUUUGCUGAGCGAUCGCCAUCACCUCACUGGAGUCGAGGAUAGAGCCCCCCCCCCCCCGCCCUCAAAUGACAUUAAAUUGUUUCCCCCCCUUCAUCCUCGUCACUCGUGGCCCCAAGGUGAGCGUGACUCCGGGGCGAGCUCGUCGGGACGCCCUCGCCCUCCCUUCUCGUCACGUUUGAGCCGUUCUCUUCAGACGGUUUAUAAUUCCAGUACAAUUGUGGGUGUAAAGCAUUGUGGGUAGCCGAGUACUCUGAGCGUCGUCUGACGAAGCCACCGACGUGUCGAUUUCACACGCGACCGACUCCGUGUACCGAGACGCGGACACGCGUUAAAAUUAGAAACCGACGGUUCUUCCAUUCGCAUUCCAACAUGCAUGUCGCUCUCUGGCCGUGCAUGAUGCUGCACUGAGGAUGUUGUACUGGAAUUGUCUUUUUUUUUCCUCCUUUUUUAAAUAAAAAGUAUUUAACAACAUUGAAAUGCCAAAAUUGAACUGUUGGCUUUAUGCUGACUUUGUCUCCAGGUUAAGCAUAGAUCGCGAGGUGCUUUCAGAAGUGUCAACGGCCGGGCCCUACAAUCUAAAUAAAAAAUAAAAAAAUACUUGGAAUAAAAUGA